AUGCCAAUGGAACGAGCAAUUUGCCAGCAACACUGUAGAGAGAAUUUUGGCAAGUUUACUAAAGUGUAUUCAAGUUUUGAAGGUCAACAUAAAGGACUAUCAUGUGAGGCGGAGGUGGUGGAGGCUGUGUUAACAACAGUGUCAAGACCAUACUACUCACUCUUCUUCCUCACAGAUGGCACCACUUCCGCUUCCACCGUCUUCUACUUAAGCCAGUUUUCCUCAUCCGCGACGAUUGUGGUGAUAACCGACAACACAGACUUCCUACACUCCUUCUUUGAGUUGUCUCUAAAACACCGUGUUCUGGUGUGGUCGACGCGGCUCUUAGUUGUCACCCGUCUACCCCUCCAGCAGCUGCAGCUACACUACUCUGCCUUCUCCAAAAUGAACGCUAUGCUGCUCAUCAUCACAGAUGGACCAACAAUCAUCAGGUGCAACAUGUACGUUCACUUGCCAUUCAGUCCCCAGGGAACCGAACCAUUGUUGGUGGCUUCUUGGACUCCUGUUCGUGGGAUUGUGUCACAUUCCAUCUUGCCACUAUUCCCGGAGAAAUUUUCCAGAUUUGUUCAUGGGCCAAAUUUGCUUGCAGCGACAGACGUGAACCCCUUUAACAAGAUAAUAUUAUCAGAUGAUUCUGACACUCCAGGUGGACGGAAGUUUAAGUUUAAAGGACCCGUGCCAGAGGUGAUGAACUACCUUGCCAAAGGCCUCAACUUCUCGUAUACAAAUGUGCGUCCUCCUGAUGGUGUCUGGGGCUCGAAGCAAGACGAUGGGUCGUGGAAUGGAAUGGUGGGAAUGGUGAUGAGGGAGGAAGUGAGUAUUGGCGUAGGUCCAUUCAUUCUUAGCGAAGACCGAGCUGAGGUUGUAGAUUUCACUGUGGCAAUACUAGUAGACUACUGGAAAAUCCUGGGUGCUCGAGGUCUUCCAGAGGUGGACCCAUGGGGUUUCCUAUUCCCCUUGGCACCCAUGGUGUGGGCGGCUGUCCUGGUAGCGCUUGUGGUGCUUCCUGGCUCUGUAUUCUGUAUGUCCUCGAGUUUCUUUCACGAUUUCCAUGGUCAAGGCAACUGGCUUCAGGUCACCUUUGGAUAUAUUCGAAUAUUAUUGCAGCAAGAUAUGACGACGCCAGCAAUCUGGGAAUGGGAGAGGGUGAUUUUGAUCGUGUGGAUGAUGGUGACAUUGGUGUUAACACGAAGUUACUCUGGCAACCUGAUGGCUCUGCUGGCUGUGAGACACAUCUCCGAACCUUACCAGACCCGCCGACAAGUGCUGGACGACCCUUCUGUUACUAUGAUAUGGCUAAAAGGCUCUGCUGUUGGAGAAUAUUUGCACUCCGUUGAGACAGGCAUAUAUAGAGAGAUUGCUGAUGCGGAGCAGGUUGGUCGCCUCAUGUGGGGAACACACGCACAGUUUGCAGGAUAUAUUAACACCUUGGUAAGACGAGGCGACCACGUCCUUAUGGAAGAUGACAACGGCUUAAGGACAUACAUUGCUCAAGACUUUACAAAAACAGGCAGAUGUUCGUUUUAUUUAUCGAGAGAAGAGUUUUUACCUUUGAUUUUUGGAAUGAUUGGUGGAAAGGGUAAUCCUAUCAUCCCGGCUCUUAAUAACAGGAUAAUGUCGAUGACAGAGGCUGGGUUAUUCUUCCAAUGGUUAAAAAUGGAUGAGCCUAACAUCACAACGUGUUAUCAUGCACCGACCAAGAUCACCGUCAAGACUGCACUUUCACUGAGUAAUACUUGGGGAAUGUUCGUUGUUCUGGUUGCUGGAUAUGUCAUCAGUCUGUUGGUACUCUGCAUAGAGCUUCGAGUCAGCAACAUUCAGCACUCAGUCUAA